AUUUUUUCGUUUAUUCAGGAGAUUUUCCCUGGCCAAUUUGAACCGUCAAUAUCUCACAAGUUCAUUCGCCAACUUGAAGUGAACAACCAGCUUUUGAGAAAUUACACUCAAAACAUCGACACACUUGAGAAGCAGGCAAAAAUUGAAAAGGUUGUCGAAUGCCAUGGUUCUUUCUCCAAAGCGACUUGUUUGAAAUGCCUUGCUAAGUUUGAAGGUGACAUCAUCAAGGAUGACGUCAUGGCAAAGCGAGUUGCCCGUUGUCCUAAGUGUUUGGAUGGGGUAAUCAAGCCAGACAUAGUGUUUUUUGGCGAGGAGCUUGAUAAGACGUUCCACACUCAGAUGGCAGUUGACAAGGAUGAGCUCGAUUUGCUUCGAGUUGCCCGUUGUCCUAAGUGUUUGGAUGGGGUAAUCAAGCCAGACAUAGUGUUUUUUGGCGAGGAGCUUGAUAAGACGUUCCACACUCAGAUGGCAGUUGACAAGGAUGAGCUCGAUUUGCUUGUUGUCAUCGGUUCUCGAACUAUUUGA